AUGUUGACGAAGAAAGAAAGAAUACUACAGAAUACAACAACGCUGACUGAAUUCAUCCUCCUGGGUCUUUCAAAUGAACCCAACUUACAAAGUACAUUAUUUUCUACAUUUCUGGCUAUCUAUAUCAUUACCCUGGCAGGAAAUCUCAUCAUAAUUCUCCUCACAUUGAUUGAUCCUGCACUACAAACACCCAUGUAUUUCUUCCUGAGAAACCUCUCCUUCCUGGAGAUCUGUUACACAUCUGUCAAUGUCCCCAAGAUGCUUGAGAACCUUCUGUCUGGGAACAAGUCCAUCUCCUUCCUAGGAUGUGCUGUACAGACCUAUUUUACAUUCUUUCUUGGUGGCUCAGAGUGUUUCCUUUUGGCCUCAAUGGCCUAUGAUCGCUAUGUUGCCAUUUGUAAGCCUCUUCACUACCAUGUCCUCAUGAACAGGAAAGUGUGCAUGGGUCUAGCCGUGGCAUCUUGGUUAAGUGGCUUUUUUAUGUCUUUUGGUCACACCAGUAUGGUGUUCACCAUGCCCUUUUGUGACUCCAAUGAGAUAAACCAUUUCUUUUGUGAUAUCCCCCCAUUACUAAAACUUGCUUGUGGGGACACUUCCAGGACUGAAAUUGCUGUGUUUGUAGUGGCUAUGAUUUUUGUGACUCUUCCUUUCAUCCUAAUCUUAAUGUCUUAUGCUGGUAUUAUUGUCACCAUUCUGGGAAUUUCUUCUGUUGAGGGCCGGAAAAAGACCUUCUCCACUUGCUCAUCACACCUCAUUGUGGUGACUUUAUUUUAUGGCUCAGCUUGUAUUAUGUACUUGAAACCCAAUUCCACUUAUUCACCCAACAGUGACAAAUAUCUGUCUCUUUUCUACACAGUUGUUAGCCCCAUAUUGAACCCUAUCAUAUAUAGCUUUCGUAAUAAAGAAGUUAAAGGUGCCCUUAGGAAAAUUUGGGAGAGAAAACCUUUUGGAUAA